UUUCACAUUUCAGAGGUUUCACUUUGUUUCUGUUAUAAUUUUAAUAAUAAUAAUAGUUAAUUUUUAAGAAAAAUUGUGAAUUAAUUUUGUUAUGAAAUUAAUAAAAAUUGUUCUAUAAUUUAUAUAUAUUUAAUAACAGGACAUAAAUUUUUACCACUGUAAAAAUGUUCUGCUGUUUCGCCUUAUGUAAGGUAGUACUUAUUCUAGUAUUUUUCCCACUCGUACUCUUAUAUUGGAAAAGAGUUUUCGCCAAGAAAAAAUCGGAGAAUCCUCAUUCGGGUCCAGUCAUUGGUGUUUUUCAUCCUUAUUGUAACUCUGGAGGAGGUGGCGAAAGAGUUUUGUGGGCUGCGGUAAAAAUCAUCCAAAAUAAGCAUCCAAAUGCACACAUAGCUAUUUAUACUGGAGAUUUAGACGUGGAUCCCGAACAAAUAUUACGGAAAGUAGAAAAAAGUUUUGAAAUUAAAUUAGAACCUGGAAUUGAAUUUAUCUAUCUACAUAGAAGAAGAUGGGUUGAAGCUGAAACAUAUCCUUACUUCACACUUUUAGGACAAAGUUUAGGAUCAAUGUGGCUUGGAUUGGAAGCUUUAAAUGCCUUACAGCCAGAUAUUUAUAUUGAUACGAUGGGUUAUGCAUUUACAUAUCCAAUUUUUAAGUAUCUCGGUGGUUGCAUUGUUGGUUCUUAUACUCACUAUCCAACAAUCUCCACGGACAUGUUGAGGCAUAUUUACCGCAGAGCAGUUUCUCACAAUAACAGACGCGCCAUUGCAAGAAAUCCGUUUUUGUCAGCAGGAAAGAUGAUUUAUUAUAAACUAUUUGCAUUGUUGUAUGGAUUUGUUGGAAGAAGAGCCGACAGUAUAAUGGUAAAUUCCUCCUGGACUGAGGGUCAUAUCAAUUCAAUUUGGAAGUGUCCGUUAAAAACGCAUCGCGUUUAUCCUCCGUGUGACGUGGAGCAUUUAACAAAAUUGCCAUUGCAAGACGACGAUAAGAAGGAUUACAUUCGUAUUAUUUCACUAGGACAAUUUAGACCGGAGAAGGAUCAUCCUCUUAUGUUAAGAACUAUGUAUGAAUUAAGAUCUAUUGUCAGUGAAGAUGUUUGGGAAAAGAUCCGAUUAAUAUUUAUCGGCUCCUGUCGAAAUUCCGAAGAUGAAACUCGCGUGAAAGAUAUGCAAGAUUUAUCAAAGCACUUAGCCCUGGAAGAUAGUGUAGAAUUCAAAUUGAACAUUCCUUAUUCUGAAUUGAUUUUAGAAUUGCAGAAAGGAAUGAUUGGCCUCCAUGCCAUGUGGAACGAACAUUUUGGAAUUAGUGUCGUCGAAUGUAUGGCUGCUGGUCUUAUUAUGAUUGCUCACGGCUCAGGCGGUCCAAAGGCCGAUAUCAUAGAGACACAAAUCACCAGCCAAACCGGUUUCCUAGCAUCCCAGCCAGAAGAAUAUGCAAAAAUUAUAUCAGACGUUAUCAACAUGCAUCCAACAGAAAGAGACGCCAUCAGACAAGCAGCAAGAGCCUCUGUCAGUCGUUUCUCCACCGAAAAUUUUGAAAAAGAUUUUCUACGAGCAGUGGAACCAUUUUUUAGACCAAAACAAGAGUAGAGUGAUAUUUCGAAAUUAAAUUCUAUACAAGUAUUGUAUAGAUUAUUAAAUAUGUUUUUUAUUGUGAGAGUAAAAUUUUAUUCAAUGAGAGCUGAAGACAAUAUAUUUUUCAAGACUUUUACUAAAGUUUGCCUGUAAUAGUGUUUUUUUUUAUUUUUGAGAAUAAUGUAUGCAAAUGGUUUACAAAAUAUUGUGAAAGAAAAAAAUUUGUAUAUAUUUGUGUGCGAGUGUGUGUAGCUUCAAAAAUGGUCAGUGUGUACAUUUACUGGUAAAUGUGCAUAAUUUCUAUAUUCUCAUAUAAAUUUGUGUACAGCAUCUACAUGUAAUUUAAAAUUCUGUGCACUUUAACCGGUAAAUAAACAGAUUUACCAAA